AUGGCUGGAGGAGGCGAAGCUGAACUUUUCCCACCAGCGAAAAGGACGAAGCUGCUGCGCAAAGUAAACUAUGUGGAGCAUGUCAGUGCUGGUUACCCCAUCUACCUGCCGGCUGUGCUGGAGUAUCUGACCGCUGAGAUCCUGGAGUUGGCUGGAAACGCUGCCCGCGACAACAAGAACACCCGCAUCAUCCCCCGUCACUGGCAGCUGGCUGUCCGCAAUGACGAGGAGCUCAACAAGCUGCUGGGCGGAGUCAGCAUCAUGAAGGAACAGCUGAUGAGCUCAGAUAACCUGAAGGAGCUCACAGUGGAAACGCUGUUUGUGAUGAAAGGAGCCACUUGA